CACCUCCUGGCACCUCCCUGUGUGAGGAGGAAGACUGUGCCGCUCCCACCAAGGCCCCCACGGACACCCAGGUCGGAGCAGGGCGGGUGAAAUGGCCUCGGUCUUCCGGAGCGAGGAGAUGAGCCUGAUGCAGCUCUUCCUGCAAGUGGAGGCUGCCUACUGCUGUGUAGCUGAGCUCGGAGAGCUGGGUCUGGUCCAGUUCAGAGACCUGAAUGUGACUGUCAACAGCUUCCAGAGAAAGUUUGUGAAUGAAGUGAGAAGGUGCGAAUCCUUGGAGAGGAUCCUGCGUUUUCUGGAAAAUGAGAUGGAAGACAGUGCUGAGAUAGUCAAAUUAGAGAAGUACCCAGAGACCCCCCUGCCUCGGGAAAUGAUUGAUAUGGAGACGGUGCUUGAGAAACUUGAAGCUGAGUUGCUGGAAGCCAACCAGAACCAGCAAACACUGAAGCAGAACUUCCUCGAGCUGACAGAGCUGAAACAUCUGCUGAAGAAAACCCAGGACUUCUUUGAGGCAGAAACAAAUCUGCCAGAUGAUUUCUUCAGUGAAGACACAUCUGGGCUGCUGGAGCUGAGAACCACUUCUGCUGCUGCAGCUGCCAAGCUGGGAUUCACAGCAGGGGUAAUAAAGAGGGAAAGGAUGAUACCCUUUGAGCGUCUACUGUGGCGAGUCUGCAGGGGAAACAUCUACCUGAGGUACACCGAAAUGGACACCCCCUUGGAGGACCCUGUGACAAGAGAAGAGGUGAAGAAGAACGUGUUCAUUAUCUUCUACCAAGGAGAGCAGCUUAAACAAAAAAUCAAGAAGAUUUGUGAUGGAUUUCGUGCCACAGUCUAUCCCUGUCCAGAGUCUGCCACAGAGCGCCGAGAAAUGCUUGAUGGAGUCAACACAAGGAUUGAGGAUUUAAACACAGUGAUAACACAAACUGAGUCCCACCGCCAGCAACUGCUGCGUGAGGCAGCAGCCAGCCUGUGGUCCUGGGGCAUCAAGGUGAAGAAAAUCAAGGCCAUCUACCACAUCCUGAAUUGCUGUAACAUCGAUGUCACCCAGCAGUGUGUCAUUGCAGAGAUCUGGUUCCCAGUGGCUGAUGCUGGCCGGAUAAAAAGAGCUCUCCACCAGGGAAUGGAACGCAGUGGCUCUACAAUUGCCCCUAUCCUUACCGCCAUACACACCAAGAUGGCACCACCCACCUUCAACAGGACCAACAAGUUCACAGCUGGAUUUCAGAACAUCGUGGAUGCAUACGGUGUGGGCAACUACAGGGAGAUGAACCCAGCUCCAUAUACUAUCAUUACCUUCCCCUUCUUGUUUGCGGUGAUGUUUGGGGAUUGUGGCCAUGGUGCUGUCAUGCUGGGGUUUGCACUCUGGAUGGUCAUUAAUGAGAAGAGCCUUCUGGCCCAGAAAAGCACUAAUGAGAUCUGGAAUACAUUUUUCAGUGGGCGCUACCUGAUUCUGCUCAUGGGUAUAUUCUCCAUGUACACUGGCUUCAUCUACAAUGACUGCUUCUCCAAAUCGUUCAACAUCUUUGGCUCUUCCUGGCACAUCAUCCCUAUGUUUAAAAAUAACACUUGGAAUAAGGAUGUGCUUCUGGGUAAUACGGUGCUGCAGCUGGAUCCGGCAGUCCCAGGAGUCUACUCUGGAAAUCCAUACCCAUUUGGAAUAGAUCCGAUCUGGAAUAUUGCAUCGAACAAGCUGACUUUCCUGAACUCCUACAAAAUGAAGAUGUCAGUUGUUGUAGGGAUUGUGCACAUGAUUUUUGGAGUAAUACUCAGUCUCUUCAACCACAUCUACUUCAAGAAAUACAUGAACAUUAUCCUUCAGUUCAUUCCAGAGAUGAUUUUUAUUAUUUCUCUUUUUGGCUACCUGGUCUUCAUGAUUAUUUUCAAAUGGUGUCAUUUUGAUGUCCACUCAUCCCAGAGUGCACCGAGCAUCCUCAUCCAUUUCAUCAAUAUGUUUCUGUUCAACUACAGUGACUCUUCAAAUGCUCCACUGUAUCUGCAUCAGAAAGAAGUGCAGAGUUUCUUAGUCAUAUUUGCUCUGAUUGCUGUUCCCUGGAUGCUCCUAAUUAAACCUUUCAUCCUCCGAGCCAACCACCAGAAAGCGCAGAGCAUG